CGCCGCGGGGCUGCUGGGCUCAGCCGGGCGCGGGCGGCUCCGUGGCGUUUCCUGCCACGCCGGGCCUGCCUGGGCCGCGCCAGCGCCGCUCCGCCGAGGGCCGCGCGUCUGCCGCCACGGGGCCCGGGAUUCAGUGACAUUUGAUGACGUGGCACAGUACCUCACAAAAGGAGUGGCUGAGACUGGACAGUGAGAGGAGGAUGUUGGCAUAUUGCAGGAGUGCAACCUCUGGGAGUUCCUGUUUUGAAUCCUCCCUGGUGUGAGGACACCUGCUGCCGGCAACCGCCCAUCCCUUAAUGCAGAUUGGGCGAAGCAUUCUGGGCGCGGCGUCUUGCGGUGCUGGUGUCCGAGCGGAGCGCGCGGCUGAGCCCUGAGCCGGUGGUGGACGAUGGGCGAGGACGCUCAGCCGCAGGAGAUGGCGUCCACAAGCUCCCCGCGGGCCGGCGAGCCCGGCCCUGAGGUCAGAGCCAACCGGGACCCUGAGGGGCGGGCGGGCGGCCUGCAGGAGCUGCCCAUGGAGCACCACUUCGCGUGUAAGGAGUGUGGGGACGCCUUCCGGCUGAAGGUCCUCCUCGUCCAGCACCAGAGGAUUCACAGCGAGGCCAAGGGCUGGGAGUGUGCGGACUGUGGGCGCGUGUUCCGGGGGGCGUCCGAGUUCAACGAGCACCGGAAGAGCCACGCGGCCGCCGAGCCGCAGCCGGGCCCCAGCCGCGCCCCGGAGGCCGCCCUGGAGAAGAGGGAGCAGGUGGAGAGGGAGGCGAAGCCCUUCGAGUGCGAGGAGUGCGGGAAGCGGUUCAAGAAGAACGCGGGCCUCAGCCAGCACCUGCGCGUGCACAGCCGAGAGAAGCCCUUUGACUGUGAGGAGUGCGGGCGCUCGUUCAAAGUGAGCACGCACCUGUUUCGCCAUCAGAAGCUGCACACGGCCGAAAAGCCGUUCGCCUGCAAGGCGUGCGCCCGGGAGUUCCUGGACCGCCAGGAGCUUCUCAAGCACCAGCGCGCGCACACGGGCCACCUGCCCUUCGACUGCGACGACUGCGGCAAGUCGUUCCGCGGCGUCAACGGCCUGGCCGAGCACCAGCGCAUCCACAGCGGGGCCAAGCCGUACGGCUGCCCGCACUGCGGCAAGCUGUUCCGCCGGAGCUCGGAGCUCACCAAGCACCGCCGCAUCCACACGGGCGAGAAGCCGUACGAGUGCGGCCAGUGCGGCAAGGCCUUCCGCCAGAGCUCCAGCCUCCUGGAGCACCAGCGCAUCCACACGGGCGAGCGGCCGUACGGCUGCGGCGACUGCGGCAAGGCCUUCCGCGGCCCGUCCGACCUCAUCAAGCACCGGCGCAUCCACAGCGGACUGAAGCCCUACGAGUGCGACAAGUGCGGGAAGGCCUUCCGCAGGAGCUCCGGCCUCAGUCGCCACCGCAGGACCCACAGCGGAGCGAGGCGCUGCGAGUGCAGCGAGUGCGGCCGCGUGUUCAAGCGGCGCUCGGCGCUGCAGAAGCACCAGCCGAGCCACCGCGACUAGACGCGGCCCCGGGGCGGGCGGCGGCCUCCUGCGAGGGGGCGGGGGGCGAGGCCCGGGAGGGGCAGGGCAGAGUCAAAGGAGAUGAACACUUUUGUAGCGCUUCUAUAUUUUCUCGUCAGAGAGGUCGGAACCGAUUUAUACCGUCACCAGCAAUUUCUAACUGUCCGUGUUGCCCAUUUUGCCUAUCGAGAGUAGCUUCGAUGACGUUCUGAUUUAUUCUGACUAGCUUGACUCGCUUACAGCCCCUGCAGGGUACUUAAAGCCACGGGCCUGGAAACGGAGAGGGAGAGAAGAGAAACGUGCGUGUGCCGGGGCGGAGGGGGGCUCGCGGCCCGCCUCUCCGAGCCACCCCCUCCGGGAGCCAGACGCAGAGCGCGUCGGCGACGGCCGCCACAUCAUGUGACCCCAACUUGCCUGAAGACAAGAGAGCCCCAAAGUCGUUUGGCCUACUUGAAUUUAGAAAUGUUUAGGGAUGUAAAUAGAACACUCAAAGAAAGGUCUUAUAAUAUUUAAUUUAUUAAUUCAGUUCUGCAUACAUACUGUAAAUCACAUAUUGCAUAGAAUAAUAUAUUAAUUUAGAGAAUACCCCCCGUUUUCCCUCACGCCACUCCCGAAGACCAUCGUAUUCUAAAUCCUCACGUGCGUUUCUCACCACCGUCCUCACCGUCCUCACCACCAUCGUAGCCCCUCUGGAGUCACCCGACAGUUUCAAAGCACAUCCAGUGGCUUCCGUUCAUCCAAGCUGUGUGCCACGUAGCACUGUGACAAUCCCUGCACAAGGCCCUCUCUAGAAAUUUCCUCCCAAGCCAUAAGUACACGGUCACAUUACAUUAGGACAACUGUUGUUGUUUUCCUUAAAUUCAUCCCGUAGCUCUACAACGUAACCACUUAACGUGUUUUGCUUUCUGAAAAUGACCUUCAAAAGACUUUUCUGAAGCAUCUAUAACUUGUCAUCGUGAGGUCAUAUGCCUAGGAAUAAGUAUUGAAUCUGGGUUAAAUUUCUUUUGCAUUCAUUUUUCUGAAACCAAUUCAUUCUGGUGACUUCCAUGUGCGUCCAAAACUAGCAUCGAUUGGGGUCUGUUUUCGGGCUAAUAGGUCUUGUCCUCAAGCAGCACUAUUUGGUUCAAACUCAAGUAGUUGAGAGAGCAUCCCCGUAACAGGGACAUCUCGAGGACUCCAGUAUAAGCUGAUGGCUCGUUUUCAGGAAUGUGAGCCUCCCCGCAAACGGAGCCAGCCCUCCGUUUUGGGCUCUGUAAAACAGGGGUGAUCACAGGACUACCUCCUAAGGUUAUCGUGAGAACCGCGACGCCACGCCUGGCCCGAAGGUGCACCCUCAGUGAAGGUCAUCUGCCGUCAUCACCAUAAUUAUUGCUGUCAUUCUAUGGCUCAUUAGUACCAGAACUGGGGAUGGACCCAGGCCUCCUGACUCCUAGUCUCAUCUUCUUUCUCUCAUGCAAUGACUUAAAUCGUGUUCCCGUUUUCUUGCAUGCAAAUCGUACGUUCAUCUCCUUUGACCAGUUAUCAAGUUACCUUUGGAUAUAUUGACUUUAUACAGCAGUUCUUUCUAGAUCGAUUGUGAUUAUCUUUUUUCCAGUUUUAUUGCUUUUGCCCUUUGUAGCCGUUUUAUUACAUUUUUGUCGUGCGAAUUUUAAGUUUUCAUAUCCGAGCACUCACCGUUGUCCGUUAAGCCGUAACUUUCAUUGCUUCAGUACUUAGAUACGAUGAUGUUUUCUUCUAGAAUUUUAAUUACAAAUGAAAAGCUGAAAGCCCUGCCCCACCAGAAGGUGGAUGCACCAGGUGGGCAGGCUGGAUGGGAAUGGGCCAGAGAAGCAGGCUCUCUCCUCAUCCAAGAUGCAGACUCUGUGCAUGUCUGUGGGCAGUACUUGACUAUCCAACCUGGCCACGCAGACACGCAAGAGAAACUUCCAUCUCGGAUUGGCCAGAACAUUCUGACUGUUCCUCAGUAUAGCCCUACCUGUCAGCAGCAGGGCUGGGCCUCCACUAGAUCAACGGGGGGUGGUCCAAAUGUGGUCUUGGCUGCAGCUGGCUGUCCUUCAAGCUUCUGGGAGCUUUGGCCAUGCCCAGCAUGGAUUCAGUGCCUGAGCAGCAGAUCCCCCCCCCCCAAGACACAUCUCCUCGAACA